GUUCAGUUCAGUUCAGUUCAGUUCUCACUAAUUUUACACCGAGCAUCGAACAAACUCGACCAGCCCCAUCUUUGGUAGUACGUUUGAACGAGAUCUAAUUCCAAUUAAUUAAUAAAUUCCUGUACAAUCUAAUCCAUUCAUAUAUUACGAGUUCAGUUAAAUUCAUUUCAUUGUAUAACAAUUUGUAUUCUAUUCAAUUCAAUUAAAUUCAAUUUCAAUUCAAUUCUUUUCAAUUCACCCUUUUGUCGUUUGUUAAUAACCGUGAAUGUCCAUUUAAGAUACCGCAACUCAACUCGUCGAUUAAUCGAAAAAGCUUUAAUUCCUAAAACAAUAAUUAAAAUCGUGAAAAGAAGCAAUAAUUAAUAAAUAACUGAUAAAUUAAUACUUAUACAUCAUACAUAUAUAUAUAUAUUCAAAUCUAAUGUCAGACCUGACUUCAAUAACGUUACCUCAAUCAGUACCAUUUCCUGUAACUGUUACAUCAAUCUUAUGUACAGUAGGUGAAGUUGUACCUAAACAUAAAACAAUUCUUAAAUAUAAAUAUUGGGAUUAUCAAGAUGAUCCAAAUUCUAAAGAUGAAACUCCUCCUAAAAUAAGAGUUGAAAGAAUAGGUACAUUUGAAAGUCCUAUUGAAGGAGAAGUUCAAAGAAUUAAUAUAUCUGUUCAAGAAGAAAUUCCUCAUAGUGGGAUUGAAUUAUGUUCAAUAAAGGAGCCUUGUCUUCAUACAGUUCAAUAUGGAGGUUUAUGUGCACUUUGUGGAAAAGCAGUUGAAGAUGAAAAAGAUUAUUCUGGUUAUACUUAUGAAGAUAGAGCAACAAUUUCAAUGUCUUAUGAUAAUACUGGAUUAAAAAUUAGUCUUGAUGAAGCAGCUAAAAUUGAACAAAAUAGUACUGAUAGAUUAACAAAAGAAAAGAAAUUAAUUUUAGUAGUAGAUCUUGAUCAAACUGUUAUUCAUGCAACUGUUGAUCCAACGGUUGGUGAAUGGCAACAAGAUCCAACUAAUCCAAAUUAUCCUGCAGUUAAAGAUGUUAAAACUUUUGUACUAGAAGAAGAGCCUUUAGUUCCACCUGGUUGGACAGGACCAAAACUUGCUCCAACAAAAUGUUGGUAUUAUGUUAAAGUAAGACCAGGAUUAUCUGAAUUUUUACAAGAAGUUUCAAAACUUUAUGAAUUACAUAUUUAUACUAUGGCAACAAGAAAUUAUGCAUUAGCAAUUGCCAAUAUAAUUGAUCCAGAUGGGAAAUAUUUUGGUGAUAGGAUUCUUAGUCGAGAUGAAAGUGGUUCAUUAACUCAUAAAAAUUUAAAACGAUUAUUUCCAGUAGAUCAAUCUAUGGUAGCAAUUAUUGAUGAUAGAGGUGAUGUAUGGCAAUGGGAAAGUAAUUUAAUUAAAGUUGUACCGUAUGAUUUCUUUGUAGGUAUUGGUGAUAUAAAUUCGAGCUUUUUACCUAAAAAGAAUGGUCAAUUAACUGGUCCAACUAAAAAGAGAAAAUCAAUUGCAAUAUUAGAAGCUGAACAAGAAAAAAUCAUUUAUGAAGAAAUUAAUAAUGGAGUUUCACCUAAAGAAACUGUCAGUGGAUCAACUAAUAAUAAUGAAAUUGAUAAUAAUAAUAAUAAUAAUAAUAAUAAAGAUAUUGAAAAUAAUGAAGAAAUUGAUGCUAUUAAUGUUGAUGAUGAUAUACCAAUCGAUGAAGAAAUUGAAAAUCCUCUGCCAGUUGAACGUAUGCUUGAAUUAGGUGGUGGAGAAGGUAAUACUAGUUUAUUAAUGGAACAAUCCUUAACUCGAAGUCAUUCUAUUGAACAACAACAACAAGAUCGUCCUUUAGCUAAGUUACAACAUACUUUAGAAAAAAUGCAUCAUCAUGAUCAUGAUAUUCAUUCUAGAUCAAGUUCACCUGAUGGAUCAUCUGGAGAAGAAGAAGAUGAGGAUGAAGAAGAAGAAGAUAAUUUAUUAUAUGAUGAUGAUAAUGAAUUAUUAUCACUUAAAAAGGUCUUGGUUAAUAUUCAUGAUGAAUAUUAUAGAUUAUUUGAACAACAAAAAUCAAUUGAAAUAGUUGAUGAAUCAAAUAAACCAAGUUUAACAAAAAUAAUUCCAUCAAUGAAAAGUUCAUGCCUUAAAGGUAUUACUAUAUUAUUUUCAGGUAUAAUUCCUUUGGGUAUUAAUAUAGAAUCAGCAGAUAUUGUUAUCUGGUGUAAACAAUUUGGAGUUAAUGUGGUUAAUGAAGUAAUACCUGAAGUUACUCAUGUUGUUAGUCGUGAUCCUGCUACUGGUCAAGGUCCAACUUUUAAAACAAGAGUUGCCAAUAAAAUUUUACCGAAUGUUAAAAUAGUUAAUCCUGAUUGGUUAUUUGAUUGUUUAAGUUCAUGGGAGAAAGUUAAUGAAGAUGAUUAUUUAAUUUCAACAGCAGAUGAAAAACAAUGGACUGUUAAAAGUGGAGAUAUUGAAAAGUAUCAAGCAGCUAUAGCACGUCAACGUCAAAAAUUAUCAAAUAAGGCAAUAGCUGAACAAGAAAGGCCAAGGUUUGAUUCUAUAAGUUCUCUCGAAGAUUAUGAUCUUGAGGAUGCCAGACAAGAAGUUGAAGACUUUUUGGCUGGAAUUAGUGAUGAUGAUGAUGACGAUGACGAAGAUGAUGACGAAGAUGAAGAUGAAGAAGUUGGAAAAAGCACGGAUAUUUCCACCAAUGGUACUGGUAGCAAACAAAAGAAAAAAGAAAAGGAUGAAGAAGAUGAGGAAGAGGAGGAAGAGGAGGUAUCAAAAUCAGGGGGAUCAAGCUUCAUUCAAGGUCUUUACAAAUCCAAAAAGAGACAAUUGGAAAAACCCGAAGAAUUUGAUGAUGAUGAUGAAGCAGGCAAUGAUACGCGAGGUGGAGAUUCUGAUUAUGAUCGUACCAAUGGAGAUACAUCAUUCAAAAAACAAAAGAUUGAUGAAACUUUUGAAGCUGGUCAUGAGUCUAAAGAGGAAGAGGAACAAGAUCUUGACGAGCUUGAAAAGGAAUUACUUGAUGGUUUUGAUGAUUUAGAAGAAUAAACUACUUACUAUUUAACUUGUGUAUAAUAUGUACUAAUAACAAUACAUAUUGUGUAUGUAU